CCAAAUUGCUCGACUGAUUGGACCUUGCCGCUUGCCGUCUUUCUCUCUGGCUGACAGUAACGGGAAGCGCUGCCGGCGCCUCCGAACCCGCUGGGAGAGCGAGCCAUGGAGUUCUCGGAGGAGAAGUUGCGGAAGUGGCUGAGGAAGUAUAAAUUCCGAGAUCUGACCAUAGAAGAACUGAAACACAUCAAUGAGUUGUAUCCCAACAUCAGGUUCACAAUGAGCACCUACAGUAAGAAUUCCUAUUUUGGGGAUAAAUAUAUUACAGCUUUUAAGGAUGGAUCCCAGAAAGACCUUCUGAACUUUACUAGUACUGUUCCAGUAAAAUAUAAAGGUAACAUUUAUAAUAUUCCAAUUUGCAUAUGGAUUUUAGAUUCUUAUCCUUUUACUCCACCCAUUUGUUUUCUAAACCCGACUGCUAAUAUGGGAAUUUCUGUUGGAAAACAUGUCGAUGUCCGUGGAAGGAUUUACCUGCCAUAUCUACAAGCCUGGAGCCAUCCACAGUCAGUAAUUAUAGGGUUGUUAAAGGAAAUGAGCAUAAAAUUUGAAGAGGAACUUCCUUUAUAUGCAUUAUCAUCUUCUGAUGAAGCCAGACAGAUGGACCUACUUUCAUAUAUCACAAAAAUUGUUGAAGGUGAAAACAAUGGACAAUCAAAGGGAGACGAAAAGAAAAAUGAUGGAGGAUUACGCAAAGUUACAAUAGUUGGGGCUGGAGAUCUGGGCCUUGCUUGUAUUUUGGCUAUUUCAGCAAAGGAUGUUGCUGACAAAGUGGUUGUCUUGGACUGCUCAGAAGCUACAAUGAAAGGAGGAACAAUGGACCUAGAAAUCUUUGACUUGCCAAAGGUGGAAAUUAGUCGAGAUUUUUCUGCAUCAGCGGACUCAAAAUUGGUGGUGCUUACCGUUAAUUCUUUAGGCAAUGCUCAGUCCUACUUGGAGGUUGUACAGAGCAAUGUGGAGUUGUUCAGAGGCAUUAUUCCCUCAAUAGCUCAUUACAGUCAACACAGUGUAUUGCUUGUUGCUUCUCAGCCAGUAGAAAUAAUGACCUAUGUGUCAUGGAAGCUGAGUGGAUUCCCCAAAAGCAGAGUUAUUGGAAUUGGUUGCAAUUUGGAUUCAGCAAGAUUCCAGUAUGUUAUUACAAAUCUUUUAAAAGCCCAAAGCAGAAGUAAAGACAAUUGGAUUAUCGGUGAACAAGGAGUAAACAAAGUGGCAGCAUGGAGUUCUAAUUCAGUGAUAAAUCAUCCUGGUGAUAAGUUAACAAAUGAUCAACAGGUGUUGACUAACAGAGCCAUGGAAAUUCUGAAAGGAAAAGGCCAAAGGUCUUGGUCUGUUGGUCUGUCAAUAGCUGAUCUGACUGACACUAUAUUGAAUGAUAAAAGAAAAAUACAUUCUGUAUCAACCACGGUGAAGGGGUGUUAUAAUAUAAACAGUGAUGUAUUUUUAAGUAUGCCUUGUGUACUUGGAAUCAGUGGUGUAAUUGAAAUGAUGAAGCCUGUGGAAGAGGAUAAUGUAGUUGAAAAACUUCAAACCAGUGCUGCAUCUGUCAAUGACCUUCAACAGCAACUGAAGCUCUGACUGCCAAGGAACCAUAGAUUUUUGUUCUCAAAAUAUUUGAGAUUUGCAGAAAAGGUAUUAAUGACCAACUGGGUCCAACAUCAAAUUCUCACAGUGUGGAAACUUUAGUGAAUAUUAUUAUAUGGAAACUAAAAGUAGACAAAAACAUUUAGGUUAGGGAAGGUGUUAACGGCCAUGGCCUUACACGUAAGAAAUUUUCUAAUCAUAAAUUACUGUACUUCUUUGCCCUUUCCUCUUCAUGCUGUGGCCUUCAAUACUUUGUUCUCUUAAGUAAUUUUUUAUUUUAAUCUGAGAUGUUAGGCAGUCGGAGGUAAUAUAUCACCAUUAGAUUGUUAUUUCCCAUACAUUAUUGACUGUAUAUAAAUAAUAUACAUUUCUUAGAUAGAAACAGCAGCACAGUAUUGUCUAAAAUCAAUGUUAUGAUUCAACUGAUAUUUAUGUUUUUUUAAAUGUUUACACUACCAAAUCAGUCAUCUGAAGUUGCCAUUAUAUUGCACAAAUAUUACUUUAGGCUCAAUAUGUCUAAAUAGAGUUCUGUAUAGAUUUUAAAGAUUUAAGGGAAAGUCUUGGGCGAAGGCCAUUAAAAAUAUUAGCAUAAUACGUUGCUGCACUUUUGGCUCCCAAGACCCAGAGAGAAAACAGGAUUCUUUCUGUUUUAGGCACAGAACAUGCUUUGUUUAUCCUCCUUUAUCCCACCCUAAAACUAAGGAGGACCUACCAAAGUAGUCUUUUUCUUGAAGCUGGAUCCAUGCUCCUGGAAAGGGACAGGAACAACAUGUAAAUGCACUAUUCAAUUUUAUGCAGUAGUUAAGUUUCAAUGAAUUUGGCUGCUCAGUUCUAAUAUUGCACUAAGCUUUUAGCAAUACAUAAAGAUUUGCCUCACUAAAUUUAAUAAAAUGUUAUUGUGUAAUUAUG